GUACUGACAGUACCGUACAUUUGAAGUUUGAAUAUUAUAAAUUUACGGGACUUCCGAGUUGUCCAUUCUCCACAAUUGUUACAUUGUUAAUUUUUAGUUGAAAUGCUGAAUAGUGGACAGGGGAAUAAAUUGUAAACUGUUUAGUGUUUAGUCUUAGUGUUUUAAUUCGUAGUUUCAUUUUUACUCUUUUGACUAUAAGUACUGAGCUGUACUUGUAGGAAUUUAAAAUUAAUUUUCUCAAUUUAAGUAUAACACUAUAGUAUUACUCUCAUUUGAAUUGCAAAAUGUCUUCUAACGCAAUUGGUCACGACGAUUCAGAAAACUUCAAAAUUCUUGUAGCAACUGACUUACAUUUGGGUUUUGAAGAGAAAAAUUUGGUUCGAGCUGAUGACACAUUUAAUACAUUUGAAGAAGUGUUACAAUUAGCAGUUAAACAUGAAGUUGAUUUUAUUUUGUUGGCUGGUGAUCUAUUUCAUGUCAACCAGCCUUCAGUAGCAUCUUUGGAAAGAUGUAUUUCCCUCUUACGUCAUUAUUGUUUGGGUGACAAGCCUAUAAAUAUGGAAUUUGUUAGUGACCAAGCUGAAGUAUUUAAACAUUGCAAUAAUCCCAUUGUUAAUUUUGAAGAUCAAAAUCUUAAUGUUUCGAUUCCAGUUUUUUCAAUUCAUGGCAAUCAUGAUGAUCCUUGUGGGAUUAGAGAGAUAUCAUGUAUGGAUCUUUUAAGUUCAAUGGGCUUAAUCAAUUACUUUGGCAAACAAACAAAUCUUCAAGAGCUCAAAAUAAAUCCUAUACUUUUAAAGAAAGGAUCAAAUAAACUUGCCAUUUAUGGUUUGAGUCAUAUUAGAGAUGAAAGGUUGGAACGAUUAUUUAAGGAAAAAAAAGUAUUUAUGAAUCGCCCAUUAGAAGAUGUAGAUGAUUGGUUCAAUAUAUUUGUAUGUCAUCAAAAUCGUGUAAAUCGUCCUGGUACAAAAUAUUUAUCAGAAAAAUGUAUUCCAAGUCAUAUAAUGCUUACUAUUUGGGGACAUGAACAUGAAAGUUUAAUUGAUCCUGUUCGAGGGGAAUCAAAUUCAGGUUAUAUUUGCCAGCCAGGCAGUACAGUCGCAACAUCUAUGUGUGAAGGAGAAGCCGGUAAUAAAUAUGUUGGAUUGUUAACUAUCAGUGGUAAACAUUUUAGAAUGGAACCACUGGAAUUGAAAACUGUUAGGCUGAUGCACUUUGAGACAGUAAAACUGUCAGAAUGUGAUGAAGAUGUUAGUACUUCAAAGAAAACUCAGGAAUUUGUAAGAAGACAAAUUGAGGAUAUCUUAUCGAGAUUGAGUCUUAAAUGUAGCGGUCACAACAAACAACCAAAAUUACCAUUAAUACGACUCAGAGUUGAAUAUACUAAUGAAACUCAACAUUUUAAUGGUAUUCAGUUUGGACAUGAAUUUCAAGACCGUGUUGCUAAUUCUAAUGAUAUGAUAUUAUUAAGAAUGGAAAAGAAGAGUGUCCAAAAAAAAACCAAGUGCAUUGAUGAUCAAGUUCUUUCAAAUAUCAUGGAUGAUGAAGAAAUGGAGAAAAUUGAACAUAUUGUUGAUCAAUAUUUUAGAACUGCUAACGAAGAAAAUCAACUAGAAUUAUUGUCUGUUGAUGGUAUGGCUGAAGCAGUUGAUUGGCUUGUAAAUAAAUCAUGUCAUGAUGCAAUAAAAAGAGUUGUAGAACAUCAAAAGAAAAAAAUGAAGAAUUAUGUCAUAAAACAAGAAGGUCUCAACGAAAAUAACAUAUCAGAGCACAUUAUUAGUUAUCAUAGUUCUCGCACCCAAAAAUCAAAAGAUGAAGCUAAUGAUGUUCGUGAAGUAUUGAGUUCACAGCAACAUACAACUCAAAAUUAUUCUGACAAUGAUUCAAAUAUUUCACCUGUAAACUCAGAUGAUGAAGAAAUUAGUAAUAACUCUUCAACAAGUAGUGUUCAAAACGUCCGGGGUAAAAGAGGUCGCGGUAGCAGAGGACCUAGAGCUACUACCAGAGCUAGAGGAAGAGCAAGAGGCCAGACUACUCUUAAUUUUUAAAAAAAAAUAUUGGCAUCAAUGAUUUUUCUAAUUUACAUUCUAUUAUUAAUCAUUUUUAUUGUUAUUUAUUACAUACAAGUUAAAACAGAUUUAGUAAAUAUAAUAACUACCUAUGGUUUUAUUUUGUUUGGAAUCGUCCCAGCAAACAAAUAGUAACUAUUUUAUAAUGCUAUAAUUUGAUUGGUUCUAAAUUUUAAUAUAAGAUUUUAUCUUUAAUAGUAUCACAAAUUCGCAAAAAUAUAAAGUAUUUGUUCUAUUUUACGUAGGUAAUUAAUAAUUUUUUAAAAGCAAAAAAAUAUUAUGGACGAUUAUACCAGUUUCUAGUUUUUUAAAUCAUAAUAAUUUUAAAAUAGUAAUUACUAUCAACUGUUUGAACCAUAGAGGCUUAUAUUUAAUAUAAUAUACCUUAAGAAAUUCAGUUAAUGUUAUUUAAAUUUUAAAUUAUGUAUGUUAAUUUCAGUAUGAUUAAAAUUAAUCAUAACUAAUAUUUAAAAUUUAAAUCUCUAAUGUAAAAU